UUACAAGUUGCGUUUGUGUCUCAUCAAGCAUCAAACAUAUAUCACGCGACUGGCUGUUAUUGUGCUCGUUUUUUAUGAAGCAUAUCGUACACAUCAUCGCAAUACUUAAUUUUCGUGGAUUUUGACGCGCGAUUCGUUCCAAAACGCAUUUCGAGUUUUCUUUGACAGCAAUGCAAAUUCGAAAGAAGUUCGUUGGUGUAUCAGUUAUGUAAAAAAGCUAUAUUUCGGUGGAUCCAUAAGAUCCAUAAUAAGACAGGCGGUGCGGAGAAAUGAAAUUUGGGGGCUGCAACGGGACAGCUGCACGGAUGUAUUUUCACGUUGCGCGUCAAUAAAUACGAUGCUAGCGCCCUCCAAAGGACACGGCUGAGAUGGAGCUCGUCUUUUUUUUUUCAUAGUGCGUCAUCAGCUGUUUUCGUUAGCAUGUGCCCGAUGACAGUCAGCCAGUGUGCACUUAACGCAUCGUCCCAGCAAUACUCACAAAAAUCGGAGCGUCCGCGUUUCCACAUUUAAAUUCUUUUUCCCCACCUAUAUUGUCACGAACGUUCUAAUCUUAAUGUUCCUUCAACUAUCUUUUCACCAAGGUUGAGCUUUUUUUUUUGGUUUAAUUAACGCCGAGUCUUCUAUUCGCUUACAUUGUUCUUCAUUCGAAUUGACUUUUUCUAUCGGAUUGUUACUGCCUGGAGAGAAAAAAAAUCUAUUUUCACUAUGCGCCACACUCUUGUUUACUUCAUAGUACUACUGUGCAUCGUGUCUCCUGCCGUUACUUGGCGUUUCCGAGGAAAACAAAGAAGCCCCGUUAUUUUUGUUCCAGGGGAUGGGGGUAGCCAGGUUGAAGCAAAACUCAAUAAAACCACAUCUGUUCACUAUGUGUGUGGAAAAACGUCGCCAGAUUUCUUCAACAUUUGGCUCAACCUGGAGCUCCUCGUACCUGUUAUUAUCGAUUGCUGGAUCGACAAUAUGCGACUUGAAUAUGACAACGUGACGCGUUCGACGAGAAAUCCAGAUGGGGUUGAAAUUCGAAUGCCAGGAUGGGGCGAUCCCACUGUCGUCGAAUAUUUAGACCCCAGCAAAGCAUACCCAGGAUCGUAUUUCAAGGACAUUGGAAAUAUGCUUGUCAGUGAUUUGGGUUACAUAAGGAAUUUAUCGCUACGAGGUGCCCCCUACGAUUUUCGGAAAGCUCCAAACGAGAACGAAGAGUAUUUCGUGAAACUAAAAGAGCUCGUUGAAGAAACAUACUUGAUAAAUGGCGCUCAGCCGGUGACUCUGAUAGCUCAUAGUAUGGGAGGUCCAAUGUCGAUGAUAUUUCUACAACGCCAGAGCCAGAAGUGGAAAAAUCAGUACAUCAGCUCACUUGUCACAUUAGGAGCAGUUUGGGGUGGUUCGGUCAAAGCGCUCAAGGUUUUUGCCAUAGGUGACGAUUUGGGUACGUACGUGUUACGCGAAAGUACUUUAAAAAACCAACAAAUAACGUGUCCAAGCUUGGGUUGGCUACUCCCGUCGAAGCUAUUUUGGAAAAUGAGCGAAAUUUUGGUCGAGACUGAACAUAAAAAUUAUACGAUGGAUGAUCUCAAAGACUUUUUAAUUGAUGUUGGCGUACCAAACGGAUGGGAAUUUCGGAAAGACACUGAAAAGUUUCAGCUGGAUUACAGAGCCCCCGGUGUCGAAAUUCAUUGUCUGCACGGAGUAAAAGUCGACACAGUCGAAAGACUUUAUUACAAGCCUGGGGUGACGAUAGACGGUUAUCCACAACUGAUAACGGGUGACGGUGACGGUACAGUGAAUGCGCGAAGUCUCGAGGGGUGCUUGCACUGGCAGAACCAGCAGAAACAAAAAAUAUAUCAUGAAACAUUUCCCGGUGUUAAUCACAUGGAGAUUCUACGAAAUUCUGUUGUUCUCGAUUAUAUUAGAACAAUAUUGAAACCUGAAACAAUCUAGUCGUUUGAGUAAGAACAAAACUGGAGUUUGUCCUAAAACUCGCACGAUUGAACUAUUCGUAGUUUCUUUUUAUUCGGUUUAAAAAGUUUGAGGAGAAAUGACAAUGGGAAGCGAUAAUGGGGAAAAAAGCUAUUCGAAAAACAAUUGUUCCCGAGUAAAUUUAUGUUCUCAGAAGUAUUGCAAUUUCUUUUGACUCUGAACUUUAAUUUUAAUUUUUUUUUUUCAAAUUGUAACCUAGGAACAUUUUUUUUGUGUUCGAAAAACUAUAGUUGUUUUUCAUGUAGUCGGUUUUUGAUCGCAUUCAUUCUGAGAACUAUUGCAAUUGCUUUUUUCAUUCAUUAAUCACUUGGAAAAAGCUAUUGUUUUAUACGUACGGGGCCCGAUGCACCAUUUUGUUUAGUUGCGCCAAUGAUUUUUCAACAAAAAAGCUGUCAUUCUAGCUGCCCUUUUCUCUUAAACUCCAAAAGUUGUGAACAUUUAAACCAAUGAAAGAUGCUUGAGUCUCUGAAACAGUUGCUCUCCGAAGCUCAAUUUUUUUAUCUCGUAUUAGUGAACUUCUCUUAAAUUUAAGAUUAUGCAAUUUUAGAUUUAGAGUACAAACGCAGUGAAAAUCAUGCGUAUGCUUCUGAAAGCUUAGAAAAGUAGAGCUUCUGAAAAAAUAAUUUGAACCAAUAUUAUAUUUGGAACACUAAUGAGUCACUAAGUCACACUCAAUCGAGACAUUGCCCGUUGAGUAAUUCCUAGUUUUCUUUUCGUCUACCUAAGUUUCCGUUAACCUCUUCACUGGUGGGCCUGUUAUAUAACGAGCUUCGAAAAUAGGCUUGGAAUUAUGUAAAAAAUGAGUACCGCAGUGGUAUUCGUGGAGUUUUAGUACCGCUGAUCGAGAUUCUAAUAUUUCACCGGACAUAAGUUCGCGAAUUUUUAAUAAUAAGAAGGGAACAACAUUCAAGAGGCUACACGAAGGGAUUUUGUUUUUUUCUUUUUACUUUUUAUCGAUGUUCUAUUUUUUUUCCAAAUUUUUGACAUUUUGUUGCAUUCAAUAUUUUUUCGCCUUUGCACCUUCAUUUAUAACAUCUCUCUGUUUUUGUGAAUAAAAAGAAAAUGUUUUAUGCUCUGCGGCAUUGAGAAAUACUGUAUAGAAGUAAAAAUAUUUUGGGCGAGCUGUAAUAUUUUUUUUGUGAUUCUUUUGUCCACCAGAAAUAAUGUCCGACUCUUGAACCGGUAACCACUUACCAGUGGAGAAGUUAACUCAUAGUCGGAAUGUUGUGUCGUAUCGAAAGCUUUUUCGCGGAAGAUACGACUGGAGUAUUCUUAUGUAUGUCGGUGUAGGGUUUGAGGCCAAAAAAUCGAUUGUACAAUAUUUUCUGUCAAUGAAAUUUUCCGGAAAAGUCCACUCUACAUAUUCGCCAUUUAACGAAAUAUUGUGACGUAUAAUUUACGUAUAAGGAGUAAAUACGCAUAGAAAGUAAGAAGCAUUACAAAGAAAAACAAAAAAAUCCAACGGGUUUAACGUUGUAAUCUUCCGUAAUUACUCACGUUCAAAUAAAAUUUCAUCGACUAUACAAGCAAAAUCAAGAGACGCGGUAGCGGCUCGAUGCCAAGUAUUAAAAGGAAAAACUGCAGCGCAAAAGAAAAGCCAGCGCGAGCCCUGCCGCUACUCUCAUAUACGCGAAUAUGCCGGUUUUAUGACGUUAAUUUAUACUUCUAAUCGUCUUAUUUGUCGCGAUUCCCAUGUUUGUUCUAAAUAACAUAAAUCUUCCAUUUCGCCAGAAAUAUCAGAACUUUGAAGAUUUCAUAAUAUUUUUUCUGUUGGCAUACAAAAUCGCUGGCCAGAGACCAUUCGUAGAUUCACAACAGAAAUUUCUGUUAGUUACGCAGGCUUUUGGAAUAUUAAACAGCUUGGAAAUUUUUUUGUUCAACAAAAUGAUAAAAAUACCUUCGAAGAAUAAGUCUAUUAAUUUUAUGACCGAAAUUGGCAAUGCUUCCAUCGUCAUGAAGUUCGAAAAAGGAGUCCAUGUUUUCUGGGUGUAAACUUUUUUCAAGUUUUCAAGUGUAUGAAUGGGAUACAAAAAAUUUUAUCAAAUUUAUUAUUUUUUCCUCUACGCGUUUCAUUUAUGGAAUUAUCAUUUUUUUCGAUUUUUUGAAGUUUAUUUAUAAUGUACGAAUGUUAAUCAUAAAAAAUUAGUCGGUGGCUGUUCUUGGAAAAUAUCAUCGCCUCGCCAUUGUGUAAAGAGUUAUAAAAAAAAUGUGGUUAUAAUUAAAAUUCAUAAUCAUUCAUACUAAAACUUCGACGAGACAUUGAAUUCAGAGUUUGUUAUUUGAACAAUCAGAAAAAAUGGCUCGUUUCACGCCGUCUGAAGACAUCUCCUCGAUUCGUGCGAACGAAUUCAAUAAUUUCAUUAACAAUUGUAGAUUUAAUUGAGAGCGAAUGUUUACAGUUCGCCGCUGUACAGUGAAUAUAUAGAGGCUCUCUAUAUGGUCUUAUGGGUGACAAAGUAUGAUUAAAGAACCUGGUGGAUUAUUGUGAUAUUAAUAUUAACUAGAUUUGGCUCGAGCGUGGUUCAUUCGUUUGCAACGAUUUGGCCACGCGACUAGAGAUUCGAGAUGCAAUGUGCGUAUAAUCUUUGACCAUGAACAGUUUAUUACUAAAUAAAUAAAAAUACGAUUUAAAAAUCAA